GUUGUCACGUGACCCAAUGUUUUGUUUCUGUUCCGGAUGGCUUACAUGAGACUUUUCUGCUUGCCACAGCGUGUGUAAAAACACAACUUUGGUGAAAACGUGACUCGAUACAAAUUUACAUUUUACUCUUCUUUCUCGUGUACCUGUUAGCUUUACAUCCAACCGUCUCCUCGUUGAGUUUUAACUCACUACUAGGUGUAAAUAACAAUAAUAUAGCGUGUGUAGCAUGGCGGUGGCUGUGGACAGCUUUCACCUUUUGUACAGAGAAAUUUCUCGGUCUUGCAGCUCUCACUUCGAGGCUCUGGCCCUCAUCGGAGCUCUGUACGCGGCCAGCAGAGCAGUUGUCCUGUUGAGGGACUGCUGCACGGUGGUUAGGGUCCAUUUCCUGCCGCGGAUGAUGCCCAGCGGGAGGCUGACCCAGAGAUACGGGGACUGGGCUGUUAUUUAUGGUGCAGCUGAGCCUGUAGCCGGUGCUUAUGCAGAGGAGCUGGCUCGAAGCGGCAUUAGCAUCAUCUUCAUCACUCAGGACGGCUCCUCUGUAAGAGACGCCGCUUCCUUCCUCUCCCAAACCUACAGGGUGGAGACCGCCGUCGUCACCGCCGACUUCUCUCUGGGCCAAGCGGCGGCCAAACCUGUCGCAGAGGCCUUGAGGGGUAAAGACGUCGGCUUCCUGGUGAACUGUAUGGACGAAACGUCGGCUUCGCCCCGGAGCCUGAUUGAAAUUCCCGAGCGGGGCGUGUUGGAUCGGGUGAACAGGAACGUCGGCGCCGCCACUCUGAUGGCGCGACUGGUGCUGCCGGGGAUGGUGGAGCGCAGCAGGGGGGCGGUGGUCAACAUAUCCUCAGGCGCCUGCUGCAGACCCCGACAUGGAAGAGUGACGCUCUCCGCCUUCACUGGAUACCUGGAUCAUUUCUCAAGAGCUCUUCACUUUGAGUACAGCGACAAAGGGAUCUUCAUUCAAAGUCUGAUUCCUUUCCAGAUAUCUUCAUCAUCCUCAGCAGAGGGAUGGUUUGCUCCGAGCCCGGAGGUUUACGCUCGUCAUGCCGUUUCCACGCUGGGCGUCUCCACCAGAACCACAGGCUACUGGCCUCAUACACUCCAGUACGGACUCAUGAAGUGCAUUCCUGAGUGGAUCUGGAUCCUCGGCUCGCGGGUUUUAUUCAGCACAAGCUAAGAGCUGAAAAGCCUCUUACUGGAUCACGUUACACAAGAAUUUAGUUUCAGUUUCUUCUGACAUUAUUUAUUGAAAUUGCCCUGAAAUAAACAAAUAAAACGUAUUUAUUUAAAGCAAUAAGUAGGGAUAAUAGAUGAUCAUUCUUCUAUUUAAAAUUAUAAGUUAAUGUAAAAUUCUGUGUUCAGAAGAAUCCAAAAUAGUUAAAAGACGGAGCCAGCAGCACUACGGCAGCCCAGUGUGACCAAAACAUGCCGGUACUGAGUUCAUGAGGAGAACAGGUGUUUACUUUUUGAGUUGCUUUCUGCGUGAUUUAAACAGAUUUUGAAGUGUUGCAGAGCGACGCUCCGUGUGCUUCCUGCUUCCAUAGACUCGGAGCAAAGCAGGAUUUGGUUCAUGAGGAAAAAGAUGUAAAAAUCCAGGAUUGAGCCAGCAGAGAUCAGAAAAACAGGCGUCCAUUUUAAAUAAAUAAAAAAUGCAGAGUGGAUUAGAGUAAAUAUUACUGCAGGGAAGGAUGGAUGGAUGAAUCUGGAUGGAUAUUUACAGUAUUUACACAAUAGAAGAGAGUUUAAAGUCUAUUAAAUAUUUUUAUAUUUUCUUUCAUCUAUCCAGACAUUAAAUUCCUAAUUUUUCUCGUCUGCUUCUGUCAAACUCAAACUCAAAGUUCUGUCAAACAGAAAGAGACAAUAUUAAAAUUAUAAAACGAAGCUACAAACACAAAGCAAUAAUAAUAAUUGGUAUUAUUAAUUAUUAUAUAUCACUGGGUAAAGCAGCUUAAUGUAGCUCCUGUAUUAAAACAUUUCUUCAUAAUUCCUGCAGAAUGCCGUGUCUGUAAUAUAAAAGCUGUUAUUGUGUCUGUAGCUUAUCUGCCCAGUGAAAACAGAGGCUGGUGUGACGACAGAGGAAGUGCUGCUUUUGUUAUCAGUUCUGCAGUGAGCUUCCAGUAACUCCUGAAGGAAAGUAAAAAUGACUUUCUACAUUUAAUAAAUGUAGGUUUUGAUUUCCGGCUGUUGUGAUUAUAGCUCAGAAUUUGACCAAUAAAACUUUUUCCAGUCAAACA